GAUGAUCCCAUGUAUUUUGCUUGCUCUGGGUGGAAAUCUUGUGGAUGGCUCUGGCCCAGGCAGUAAAAGACUUGGUUUACGAACAACUGCUGCUAUCAUAUUUGGAAGAUUGGUUUUGGUUCCUCCUACAGGACUUGGAAUAAUCACCAUUGCUGACAAGCUUGGACUUUUUCCCAGGGGCGACAAAAUGUUCAAAUUUGUCCUGCUGCUGCAGCACACUAUGCCAGAAAGAUAUGUACAACAUCUUUGUCAUCAUCAUCUUUAUGCCAUUUAUUCUGGGGAAAUGACUUAACUUGCAAUCAUAUGCUAUUUACCUCAGGGAAAAGAUAAUGACCAUACCCAGAAAGGAGAAGAAAAGAGAAGCUAGGAGGGAGGAGAAAGCACAGGGUGUUUAGAAAGCAUAUAUAAACUCUGCAUAAUACCUCAGGGAAAAGGCUGCAGUUCUCGAUAUGGUGUUUAGAAGAUG